UGAACUCAAUGAUGUCUUUGUCUCUCUCAGUUGACGAAUUUCCGGUUUUUUCUUUCAACAGUAAGCACUGAGCUGAAGCUUCCAUGGUUGACACCAACUCUUUAACAAGUAACAACGCAAUUGAAGCAUGUCGAAUUCCCAUUCCUCGAUUCUCCUUUUGAUUCUCAUCUUACUUCCACUUGCUCUAUCCCAACAAGAAGCAAUUCAAGCAAUUAUCCAUCGUUUGGAUUCCAAAGCUCUAUCUCCUUCUAUUCAGGAAGCUGCAGCCAAGGCUCUUCUCCGGCGAUUGCUUCCCACUCAUGUUGAUAGCUUCGAGUUUCAGAUUGUUUCUAGGGACGUUUGUGGUGGGGGAAGUUGCUUCUUGAUUAGUAAUUUCAAGUCCUCAAGUCGCAAUGGUGCAGAGAUACUUAUUAGAGGCACUACGGCAGUUGAAAUUACAUCUGGCCUUUACUGGUACUUAAAAUAUUGGUGUGGUGCUCAUGUUUCCUGGGACAAGACUGGUGGAGUUCAAUUAGCUUCAAUUCCUAAACCAGGAUCUCUACCCUUUUUAAAGGGCAAUGGAGUUGUGAUUAAGCGACCAGUGCCAUGGAAUUAUUACCAAAAUGUUGUUACUUCAAGCUAUUCCUAUGUUUGGUGGGAUUGGGAAAGAUGGGAGAAAGAGAUAGACUGGAUGGCCCUCCAUGGAAUUAACCUUCCUUUGGCCUUCACUGGGCAAGAAUCAAUUUGGAGAAAUGUUUUCAGGGAUUUCAACCUUGCCGUCAAAGAUUUGGACAAUUUCUUUGGUGGACCUGCUUUCCUUGCCUGGGCUCGCAUGGGAAAUCUACAUGGGUGGGGUGGGCCUUUAUCGAAAAAUUGGUUGGAUCAACAAUUAGCUUUACAGAAACAGAUACUAUCCCGGAUGCGAGAGUUGGGGAUGACUCCAGUUCUACCAUCCUUCUCAGGAAAUGUCCCAGCAGGUUUGGUAGAGAUAUUUCCCUCGGCCAACAUAACUAAAUUAGGAAACUGGAAUUCAAUUGAUGCUGAUCCUAGUACAUGCUGCACAUACCUUCUCAAUCCGUCUGAUCCUCUAUUUGUCAAAAUUGGGGAGGCUUUUAUCAGACAACAGAUAAAAGAGUAUGGGGACGUAACAAACAUUUACAGCUGUGAUACAUUCAAUGAAAAUACUCCACCUACAAAUGACACCUCAUAUAUUUCAUCACUUGGAGCUUCUGUCUAUAAAGCUAUGGUGAAAGCUGAUAAGGAUGCUGUGUGGCUCAUGCAAGGAUGGCUCUUCUAUUCAGACUCUGAUUUUUGGAAGCCUGAUCAAAUGAAAGCACUACUUCACUCAGUCCCAUUUGGGAAAAUGAUUGUUCUUGAUCUAUUUGCGGAUGUCAAGCCAAUUUGGAAAUCAUCAUCUCAAUUUUAUGGUACACCCUACGUAUGGUGUAUGUUGCAUAACUUCGGUGGAAAUAUAGAAAUGUAUGGUAUAUUGGAUGCAAUCUCUUCAGGUCCAGUCGAUGCUCUUGCAAGUGAAAAUUCAACAAUGGUUGGUGUUGGCAUGUGUAUGGAAGGAAUAGAGCAUAAUCCGGUUGUUUACGAAUUGAUGUCUGAAAUGGCAUUUCGCAGCAAAAAAGUUCAAGUCCAGGAGUGGUUGAAGACCUAUUCCCGUUGUCGUUACGGCAAAGCAGAUCAUUAUGUUGAUGCAGCUUGGAAUAUUCUUUAUCAUACAAUUUACAAUUGCACUGAUGGCAUUGCGAACCAUAACACUGAUUUCAUUGUCAAACUGCCUGAUUGGGAUCCAUCUUCAACUUUUGAUCUGAAAAAACCGCCACAUCUAUGGUAUUCCACUCAGGAGGUUAUCAAUGCCUUGCAGCUACUUGUUAAUGUAGACGAUAAUCUCGUCCACAGCGCUACAUAUAGAUAUGACUUGGUUGACUUAACACGGCAAGUGCUAGGGAAACUGGCAAAUGAAGAAUAUUUGAAGGCUGUAACUGCUUUCCGACGCCAGAAUGUGAAGGCUCAAAAUCUUCACAGCAAGAGGUUUAUUCAAUUAAUUAGAGAUAUUGACAAACUACUAGCUUCUAAUUCAAACUUUCUGCUCGGAACAUGGCUUGAAAGUGCAAAGAAGUUGGCAACAAAUCCAGCUGAGAUGAAGCAGUAUGAAUGGAAUGCAAGAACACAAGUAACUAUGUGGUAUGAUAACACAAAAGUCAAUCAGAGCAAACUUCAUGAUUAUGCAAAUAAGUACUGGAGUGGGCUACUGGAAGGUUACUAUCUCCCAAGAGCUUUGACCUACUUUUAUUACCUAUCAAAAAGCUUGAGAAAAAAUGAGAGCUUCCAUUUGGAAGACUGGAGAAGAGAAUGGAUACUGUUUUCAAACAAAUGGCAAGCUGCUUCAGAGCUUUACCCAGUUAAAGCUGAAGGAAAUGCAGUUGCUAUUUCUAAAGCCUUGUAUGAAAAGUACUUUGAUUGAAACAAUUUCUCAAUGUUCUACCAAAAGCAAACAUGGUAUGACCAUUUCAAUUCUUAGUUUUUUUCCUCUUUCCAAUAUCAAAGAUUAUUGAUGGUCCCUUGCCAGUUGUUUCUGUUUUGCAAUGAGACCCCUUUAUGUACUCUAAUGUUCCGUCUCUGUUUCCAAUAAUCUGUCAUAAUAUCAUUAGUCCA